AUGGACAGCUGGGCCGUGUGGGUUUGUUCCCGAAACCUUCGGCUGUGCUGCGAGUACACGGCCAUUACAAAAAGACGGCGCUAUCCCAGCGACAGGCUUAUCCCGCCUGUCCCGCCAUUCUCGCUAGUUCGAUCGGUAGCGGGAGCGGAGAGCGGACCCCAGAGAGCCCUGAGCAGCCCCACCGCCGCCGCCGGCCUAGUUACCAUCACACCCCGGGAGGAGCCGCAGCUGCCGCAGCCGGCCCCAGUCACCAUCACCGCAACCAUGAGCAGCGAGGCCGAGACCCAGCAGCCCCCCGCCGCCCCCCCCGCCGCCCCCGCCCUCAGCGCUGCUGACACCAAGCCCGGCACUACGGGCAGCGGCGCAGGGAGCGGCGGCCCGGGCGGCCUCACAUCGGCGGCGCCUGCCGGCGGGGACAAGAAGGUCAUCGCAACGAAGGUUUUGGGAACAGUAAAAUGGUUCAAUGUAAGAAACGGAUAUGGUUUCAUCAACAGGAAUGACACCAAGGAAGAUGUAUUUGUACACCAGACUGCCAUAAAGAAGAAUAACCCCAGGAAGUACCUUCGCAGUGUAGGAGAUGGAGAGACUGUGGAGUUUGAUGUUGUUGAAGGAGAAAAGGGUGCGGAGGCAGCAAAUGUUACAGGCCCUGGUGGAGUUCCAGUGCAAGGCAGUAAAUAUGCAGCAGACCGUAACCAUUAUAGACGUUAUCCACGUCGUAGGGGUCCUCCACGCAAUUACCAGCAGAAUUACCAGAAUAGUGAGAGUGGGGAAAAGAACGAGGGAUCGGAGAGUGCUCCUGAAGGCCAGGCCCAACAGCGCCGGCCUUACCGCAGGCGACGGUUCCCACCUUACUACAUGCGGAGACCCUAUGGGCGUCGACCACAGUAUUCCAACCCUCCUGUGCAGGGAGAAGUGAUGGAGGGUGCUGACAACCAGGGUGCGGGAGAACAAGGUAGACCAGUGAGACAGAAUAUGUAUCGAGGUUAUAGACCACGAUUCCGCAGGGGCCCUCCUCGCCAAAGACAGCCUAGAGAGGACGGCAACGAAGAGGAUAAGGAAAAUCAAGAUGAGACCCAAGGUCAGCAGCCACCUCAACGUCGGUACCGCCGCAACUUCAAUUACCGACGCAGACGCCCAGAAAACCCUAAACCACAAGAUGGCAAAGAGACAAAAGCAGCCGAUCCACCAGCUGAGAAUUCGUCCGCUCCCGAGGCUGAGCAGGGCGGGGCUGAGUAAAUGCCGGCUUACCAUCUCUACCAUCAUCCGGUUUAGUCAUCCAACAAGAAGAAUAUGAAAUUCCAGCAAUAAAAAAUGAACAAAAGAUUGGAGCUGAAGACCUUAAGUGCUUGCUUUUUGCCCAUUGACCAGAUAACUAGAACUAUCUGCAUUAUCUAUGCAGAAUGGGGUUUUUAUUAUUUUUACCUAAAGACGUCUCUUUUUGGUAAUGACAAACGUGUUUUUUAAAAAGCCUGGUUUUUCUCAAUACACCUUUAAGGGUUUUUAAAUUGUUUCAUAUCUGGUCAAGUUGAGAUUUUUAAGAACCUCAUUUUUAAUUUGUAAUAAAAGUUUACAACUUGAUUUUUUCAAAAAAGUCAACAAACUGCAAGCACCUGUUAAUAAAGGUCUUAAAUAAUU